CGCGCACACUCACCGGCCCCGGUCCAAUUAUCACAUUCAUCACCCGCAAGACACCGCCGCGUGUGUGCGCGCGCGUGUUCUCCUCUCCCUGCCGGCAAAACCACGCUCGGUCCCACUGCCCUCUGCACCCGCGAGAAAAUGGUGUUAUUUAAAUGAAUCAUAAUAAAAUAGCCUCUAAACAGUUUCUAAGCAGGAGCCUCCGUGGAACUCAGCGCUCCGCUCCUCCCAGUUCCUAAGAGGUCCCGGGAUUCUUGAGCUGUGCCCAGCUGACGAGCUUUUGAAGAUGGCACAAUAACUGUCCAGUGAUGCCUGACCAUGACAGCACAGCCCUCUUAAGCCGGCAAACCAAGAGGAGAAGAGUUGACAUUGGAGUGAAAAGGACGGUAGGGACAGCAUCUGCAUUUUUCGCUAAGGCGAGAGCAACGUUUUUUAGUGCCAUGAAUCCCCAAGGUUCUGAGCAGGAUGUUGAGUAUUCAGUGGUGCAGCACGCAGAUGGGGAAAAGUCAAACGUACUCCGCAAGCUGCUGAAGAGGGCGAACUCGUACGAAGAUGCCAUGAUGCCUUUUCCAGGAGCAACCAUAAUUUCCCAGCUGUUGAAAAAUAACAUGAACAAAAAUGGUGGCACGGAGCCCAGUUUCCAAGCCAGCGGUCUCUCUAGUGCAGGCUCCGAAGUACAUCAGGAGGAUACAUGCAGCAACUCUUCAAGAGACAGCCCCCCAGAGUGUCUUUCCCCUUUUGGCAGGCCUACUAUGAGCCAGUUUGAUAUGGAUCGCUUAUGUGAUGAGCACCUGAGAGCGAAGCGCGCCCGGGUUGAGAAUAUCAUUCGGGGUAUGAGCCAUUCCCCCAGUGUGGCGUUAAGGGGCAAUGAAAAUGAAAGAGAGAUGGCCCCGCAGUCUGUGAGUCCCCGAGAAAGUUACAGGGAAAACAAACGCAAGCAGAAGCUGCCCCAGCAGCAGCAACAGAGUUUCCAGCAGCUGGUUUCCGCCCGCAAAGAACAGAAGCGAGAGGAGCGCCGACAGCUGAAGCAGCAGCUGGAGGACAUGCAGAAACAGCUGCGCCAGCUGCAGGAGAAGUUCUACCAAAUCUACGACAGCACCGAUUCCGAAAAUGAUGAAGAUGGGAACCUGUCUGAAGACAGCAUGCGCUCGGAGAUCCUGGACGCCAGGGCCCAGGACUCCGUGGGGCGGUCAGAUAACGAGAUGUGCGAGCUAGACCCGGGACAGUUCAUUGACCGAGCCCGAGCCCUGAUCAGGGAGCAGGAGCUGGUGGAAAACAAGCCCAAACGAGAAGGCAGCAACAAAGAAAGAGAUCACGGGCCGAACUCCUUACAACCAGAAGGCAAACAUUUGGCCGAGACCCUGAAGCAGGAACUGAACACGGCCAUGUCGCAAGUUGUGGACACUGUGGUCAAAGUCUUUUCGGCCAAACCCUCCCGCCAGGUUCCUCAGGUCUUCCCGCCUCUCCAGAUCCCCCAGGCCAGAUUCGCCGUCAACGGGGAGAACCACAAUUUCCACACCGCCAACCAGCGCCUGCAGUGCUUUGGCGACGUCAUCAUUCCGAACCCCCUGGACACCUUUGGCAACGUGCAGAUGCCCAGUUCCACAGACCAGACAGAAGCAUUGCCCCUGGUGGUCCGCAAAAACUCCUCCGACCAGGCCGCCUCCGGCCCCCCCGCCGGCGGCCACCACCAGCCCCUGCACCAGUCGCCUCUCUCCGCCACUGCGGGCUUCACCACGUCCACCUUCCGCCAUCCCUUUCCCCUUCCCCUGAUGGCCUACCCAUUUCAGAGUCCCUUAGGUGCUCCCUCCGGCUCCUUCUCGGGAAAAGACAGAGCCUCUCCUGAAUCCUUAGACUUAACUAGGGAGACCACGAGUCUGAGGACCAAGAUGUCAUCCCACCACCUGAGCCACCAUCCUUGUUCACCAGCACACCCACCCAGCACCGCAGAAGGGCUCUCCCUGUCGCUCAUCAAGUCCGAGUGUGGCGAUCUUCAAGACAUGUCCGAAAUCUCACCUUACUCGGGAAGUGCAAUGCAGGAAGGAUUGUCACCCAAUCACUUGAAAAAAGCAAAGCUCAUGUUCUUUUAUACUCGUUACCCCAGCUCAAAUAUGCUGAAGACCUACUUCUCCGAUGUGAAGUUCAACAGAUGCAUUACCUCUCAGCUCAUCAAGUGGUUUAGCAAUUUCCGUGAGUUUUACUACAUUCAGAUGGAGAAGUAUGCGCGUCAAGCCAUCAACGAUGGAGUCACCAGCACCGAAGAGCUGUCUAUAACCAGAGACUGUGAGCUGUACAGGGCUCUGAACAUGCACUACAAUAAAGCAAAUGACUUUGAGCUCUGCUGCUUGCCUGAAGACCCAUGGGCCACAGAAAAGGGAACUGGAGAAUUCAGAGAAAAUUGCAGCAAGGACCCCACACACAGUGACUCCCUUUCCAGAGAAGAGGUCCCCACUCUAACAGGCCUUUUUGCUACUUAGGUUCUGGCAUGUUGACUGAGCUGACAUAGGCUAUGUGCAAUGAUCGCUGCAAAAGUUGCUUUCUAAAAAAGUCUAGAAAGGUGGAUGGGGGAGUGAUGCCGUGGUUUCUACUUUAAUCAGCAUUUAUUUCCUUUAUGGAAGAAAUGGUAUGAGAAUUUACUAAGUACGUAUUGUAAGAGAGCCAUCAACAUAUUUUUAUGGUUUUGUUUCUGUUUUUGUUCUUUUGCGGGGAGAGCCUAGGAUGUUUAUCUCGCAUAUGUGUAGCUUCACAAGCAUGCCGCGAUUUGUUCAUACACCCUCACACACACCGUCACACACACACACACACGUAUAUCUACAACAUGCAUAUUCUAGAUACACACAAAGCAGUAUAGACGAUUCCCAGAAAGCAAUAGCUACAGAACAAUGAAAGAUGCGUGGCUAUGAGUAAGGCGUUUCUUUACUGGCUAAUGCUGUGCCUCAGCAAACAUUUUUCAUUGCAACGUGAUGACUGUAUAAGACAACACUAGCGAAUCUCCCAGUCCUCACAAAGGCAUUUUGCUGAGCCCUGCUGGAUGAGGCAACAAUAGUUAGAGGUGAGAAUGUGGCAGGGUUCUGCAGGCUGAACCCCUGGUGGUGAGUGUAGACAGGUGGUGGGUAGCUUGACCACGUUAGUCCUUUUCUUGUGUUAUCUUGAGGAUAGGAAUGUUCUUUUCCCCCCAUCUGCUCCUACAGGGGACCUUAUGUUA